UGUACUUGCUUCUGGACACCUAUAUCUGCAUUCCAGCCGCCCAGAACUUUCCCUCAGCACUUACUCCCUCGUUGCAAGUUGGGUAAACUUUACAAAUGUCUCUUCAUUAUCCAGUGGAUUCAUGAUCCACUUCCAUCCUUCGGUUCCCAGAUCUGCCUCCGCGCGAGACAGGAUAGGAAGAUGCCUCCCCACAAUUCCUUGCGACCCGCACGCAGAAACUACAACUUCCAGGGUUCCGUGCGCGCUUUCCUAGGGCGGGACUUGGACGUGCCGCUCAGGGUGAAGAGAUGUCGGAGUCCGGAGGUUCUCCUCACAACUCGCACCGCUCGCUGUAUAAGCAGGUGGGCUCGCCGCCCUGGAAGGAGACUUUCAGGCUGGGAUGUCUGGAGAGAAUGAGAAACAGCCGGGACAGGCUCCUGAACAAGUACCGUCAAGCUAGUGGCAGUAUGCCACAGCGGGCAUCAGAUAAGCUUUUAGUGCAAGAGAUAAUGGAGGAAGAAUGGAGUUCUUUACAGUCUGUGGAGAACUAUCCAGAGGCCUUGACUCAGUCGGGGUUACCAGUGCACCUAGCUCUGCUGGAAGAAAUCCAACAGGAGUUGAUUGAUGAAGAACAGUCCAUCCUCUUGGAGUAUGAGAAGAGUCUGCAGUUUGAUGAGAAGUGCCUCAGCACCAUGCUGGCGGAGUGGGAAACAAACCCCCUCAUCUGCCCUGUGUGUACAAAGUACAACGUGAGCAUAGUAAAUGGCGUGGUCAUGUGUCAGUGUGGCCUGAACAUCCCAUCUCAUUGUCCGGAGUUGACAGAACAGAAGCUUCGCUCCUCUUUAGAGAACAGUGUAAAUGAACACAGUACACACUGUCCCCACACCCCUCAGUUUGCAGUCACUGGUGGGACAGAAGAAAAGCCAAAUCUUCUCAUGAAUUGUCUGGUUGGUCUGCAUUUUUAUUGAGAACUCAUACUGUCUACUCACCUGUCCAGCAGGGCCCUGUAAUCCAGAGUAGUGGUGAAACAAAAGGUGGGUGCUAUGCAGCGGUCAGUGAUAGGACGGCAGCAUUUUUCCCUACCUAGAACAGGGAAAAAUCAUUUGGGGGUAAGGAGUGUCACAGCAAAGAUGAGAACCUGGGGAAGGACAAAAUUUGAUUCAGUAGGCUCCAAGUAGGCCAACUCCACCUGGGGUGGAGUGCAGAAGAUGCUAGUGCUGAACAAGGACUUGGAGCAUUUACAACAUAGCAAUGGUAUGAAGCUGCUCAUAGGGAUAGAAUGUGCUAAGCCACCUACAGGCAGAGGUGGUUACGGAUGGGAGGUGAGAUUCAGGAGACAUAAAAAUCCAUAGCAGUGGUGGGGCUGAGUUGGCAAGGACCCUGGUCAUUUUACUCAUUCUUACCAAUCCUGUUACAGGAGUUAAAGGAAAGGUCUGUGUAAUUGGUGUGAAAGCUCCAAAGUGUCUCAUUUUGAUCCUUCUGUUCACUGGUUUUCUGAGGGUAAAGAUUUUUG